AUGUUCCUUCGAACUGGAGAUGUAUCGGAUCUAUCAAGAUCUAUCUAUCUAUAUAUCUAUUUAUCUAUCUAUCAAUCUCUUCUAAUUUUUGUACGCUGCUAUCGAUAUGUCAUCUGUACAUUUCUAUUUCUUAUCCUAUUAUUUUUCUAUCUAUCUAUCUAUCUAUCAUGUUCAUUCUUGCUCUUUUUCUAUCUAGCUUCUAAUUUUGUACGCUGCUAUCGAUAUGUCAUCUGUACAUCUGUAUCCUUUCUUAUCCUAUUAUCUAUCUAUCUAUCUAUCUAUCUAUCUAUCUAUCUAUCUAUCUAUCUAUCUAUCUAUGUGUUCCCUACUGUCCGUACAAUAUUAUUCGAUUUGAUAACUGCCAUUAUCACGUUUCAUCUUCGUCAUUCAAAACUGAUAUCCAGCAACUUCCUGUUCUUAUCUUUCUUUUACGCGUUCACGCGUUCUCUCUCUCUCUCUCUCUCUCUCUCUCUCUCUCUCUCUCUCUCUCUCUAUUCUCAUCUUUAUCUUUUUCUAUAUCUUAUUUGCCUUAAUCUCUCCAACAUGAAAAAUCGUAUAAAUUAUCUCUCUCUCUCUCUCUCUCUCUCUCUCUCUCUCUCUCUCUCUCUCUCUCUCUCUCUCUCUCUCGUGGUUUCGACAGUGUUAAAGGUUCUUUACACCUGUUUCCCGCCUUUUUUCUUUCUUCUGGCUUUCUCAAUCUCUUCUUAUUUUUUCUGA